AUGUACGAUAUUUUCCAGGUACCAGCUCCUGUCAAGACUUUUUUCAAUAAACUGCCACUUCAAACUUACGGGCCUGUUGAAAAACGGGACGACGCCUUGAGAUAUGAAUAUGACGCUAGAAACUAUGCAUUUGAAGGCUCUGAGGCCGUAAAGAAAUCCGUCAAUGACACUUUCAAACUAGGCGUCUAUAAAGUUGUGCAAGAUCCGUCUACGGGCUGUUUUCUGGCUACAGACCCGUGGUGUUUGUUUACCCAACUGUCGCUGUGCAAGAAGAAUAGACUAAAGUUGCCCCGCAGUGGCAAAUCACAAGAAACUGUUGGAUCAAAACCUGUUCCUACUCAUUCAGUGCUUGAAGUUUCGCCAUUGGCUUCACCAGAACGUUUUCUGCCCAUUUUGGUGGAGGGCUAUACCAAAAGACAUGUGCGAUCCUCAGCAGGAAUAAAUGAGAUUCUGAUGUCUCGUUUCGGCAGUGCAGAUGAGCUCAUGUAUGCCCUGCUGCUUGACUCUGUUGUUUAUGACUGCUAUAUGUCGAAGGUGUUGUAUAAGCUGUCCAAAAAGGACUUUUUGGAUGCCUACGGUGGCCAGACGACGUCGUCCGUCGCUAAUACGUUGAUUUCACAAGGUCAACGCAGUGAUCUGAGCAGGAGAAACGAUUUUUCGCUACGCCAUCGUGAAUUGGCGUCACAAUGGCGCUUUUCGGCGACCUCUGACACCCUUGAACAACUACUCAACACGAUUGACGAAACUUGUUUGAGGACAUUGACGCAAUUCCAGGACCUGCUGAAAAUUUCUACAACGCCCUAUUUCUUGGAAAACCCAGAAGCCUCGUUUCUGGAUCUCAAGCUUGCCAGCUACGUCUACUGUCUAUUGAAUUUACCGUCGCACCAAACUUCCAUUACCGGUUCUCUACGGCAAGAGCUUCCUGUGUUGAUCGACCACACGCAAAGAGUCAUUGCCCAGUAUUUGUAA